AUGCUUGCAUCAACGACAACAAUCAACAGAGCAGCCAGUUUUCACCGCUUGCGUACUUUAGCUUCAUCAGCCAAUCCUCUUCAUUCUCGAUCGCCAUGUCGAGGCUAUUCGUCUUCUGCAUUGUACAAUGUCAAAGAGCAGUUUGGCCGGAGGUAUUUUACGAGGAAUUAUUCAUCUAUGAGUGAUGCAGUGACAUUGAAUGCGCAGCUUGCUUGGAAAAGGCUAUUUAGGAAAGGUUCUGCUAGUGGCCGGAGUUUUCCUCGGAUAAGUAGGAUAGCUCAAGCGGUUAGCUUGGCUUUGACGUGGUCUCCUUUGGUGGUUCCGGGUGCUUUAGCAUUGACAUGUGGGAAGGUGGCAUGGGCACAAAAAACGUUGGUGGAUACGGAUUAUUAUCCGACAUCUUUGUAUAUGCGUGCACAAGAUGGGCAUGCUUACAUGACGUCAUUAGUAUCUGCUGUUGUAGAAGCGUUUGUGUUGUUAGUGAGAGCUAUCUAUUUAGCAGUUUUGUUCUCGCCCAGCUUGAUGAUGGCUCCAUUUGCCGAGUCUUGUGGACCAGAGUUUAGGAAAAUGUGGCUUCAUGUUGUUCACCGAACACUGGAGAAGGCAGGUCCAGCGUUUAUAAAAUGGGGUCAAUGGGCAGCUACCCGGCCGGAUCUAUUCCCUAGAGAUUUAUGCACUAAGCUUUCAGAGCUACACUCUAAAGCUCCUGAACAUAGUUUUGCCUACACGAAGAAAACUAUUGAAAGAGCAUUUGGUCGCAAACUUUCUGAAAUUUUUGAGGGUUUUGAAGAGGUUCCUGUAGCAUCUGGAAGUAUUGCUCAAGUGCAUCGGGCCUCUUUGAGAUUUCGUUACCCUGGUAAAAAACAGACAAAGCCUACGGUAGUUGCUGUAAAGGUUAGACAUCCUGGUGUUGGCGAUUCAAUUAGAAGAGACUUCAUGAUAAUCAACUUGGUUGCAAAGAUUUCAACAUUUAUUCCAACUUUGAAUUGGUUGAGACUGGAUGAGAGUGUGCAACAGUUUGCUGUUUACAUGAUGUCUCAAGUGGACCUUGCAAGGGAAGCUGCGCAUUUAAGCCGCUUUAUAUAUAACUUCCGAAGGUGGAAGGAUGUUUCUUUUCCUAAGCCUGUGUAUCCACUUGUGCAUCCUGCUGUUUUGGUGGAAUCGUAUGAGCAUGGAGAAAGUGUCUCGCACUAUGUAGAUGAUCUCGAGGGACAUAAUCGAAUUAAAACUGCACUUGCUCACAUCGGGACUCAUGCACUUCUGAAAAUGCUUCUGGUAAAUUUCACACUCUGUUCAUGUGCCUUUGUCAAUGUGGACAACUUUAUACAUGCAGACAUGCAUCCUGGAAAUAUCCUUGUCCGGGUUUCUCAGGAAAGUUCUCGGAAACGGCUCUUUAAAUCAAAGCCUCAUGUCAUUUUCCUCGAUGUAGGCAUGACUGCUGAACUUUCUCAGAGUGAUCGCAUUAAUUUGAUUGAUUUUUUUAAAUCAGUAGCCAUCCGAGAUGGCCGCACUGCAGCAGAAUGCGCACUAAGACUGUCGAAGCGACAAAACUGCCCAAAUCCGAAGGCCUUUAUUGAGGAAGUGGAAGAGGCAUUCACUUUCUGGGGUACUCCUGAGGGUGAUCUAAUCCAUCCUUCAGAGUGCAUGCAACAAUUACUUGAGAAAGCCAGGCGUCACAGAGUUAAUAUUGAUGGCAACGUUUGCACUGUCAUGGUCACAACUUUGGUUCUUGAGGGCUGGCAACGGAAGCUAGAUCCAGGAUACAAUGUGAUGCAGACAUUACAAACACUGCUUCUUCGAGCUGACUGGGCUAAGUCUCUUUCCUAUACAAUUGAUGGGUUGAUGGCCCCAUAA